CCAGACCCGGAAAUAUUUUUUAAUGCGUGUGUACGCAUGGCACAGUGUGUUUCCGGUAUAACGUGUGUGUUGAUCGGUGUUCAGUCUUUUUCUCUCGGCUUUCAUUAGAACAGUCGCUCUCCGCAGAGUCCCAGCUCCCUCACCUGGCUACCUACCCCCUCAGCAGCGUUGUAUCUCGUACCGGUGGACAUGGCAUCUGUUUCAGGACCAGCUCAGACAGCGGCUCCGUCUGCUCCUCUGCAAAGAGGGAUUGUGAAAAUGGUCUUGUCAGGCUGCGCCAUCAUUGUUCGGGGCCAGCCUCGAGGUGGCCCACCCCCAGAGCGUCAGAUCAAUCUCAGUAAUAUCCGAGCCGGAGCCAUGGCCCGCCGAGCCGCACAGGGCCAGCCUGACCUCAAGGACACCCCCGAUGAACCAUGGGCCUUCCAAGCCAGAGAGUUUUUGCGGAAGAAGCUGAUCGGCAAAGAAGUGUGCUUCACAGUGGAGAUCAAGACCGCCCUGGGCAGGGAGUACGGCAUGGUCUACCUGGGGAAAGACACAACAGGGGAGAACAUCGCUGAGUCUUUGGUGAACGAGGGCCUUGCCACAGUCCGCAGAGAAGGAAUCAGAGGAAACAACCCAGAGCAGGCCAGACUCUGUGAAUUGGAGGACCAGUCAAAGUCAUCCAAGAAGGGCAUGUGGAGCGAGGGCGGCGGCACACACACCAUCCGCGACCUCAAGUACACCAUAGAGAAUCCCCGCAACUUCGUCGACUCCUUGCACCAGAAACCCAUCAAUGCUAUCAUCGAGCAUGUGCGUGACGGCAGUGUUGUUCGUGCCUUGCUGCUCCCCGACUACUACUUGGUCACCGUCAUGCUGUCUGGUAUUAAGUGUCCCACAUUCAAAAGGGAAGCAGAUGGUACAGAAACGCCAGAGCCUUUCGCAGCCGAGGCCAAAUUCUUCACUGAGUCACGUCUUCUCCAGCGAGAUGUUCAGAUCAUUCUGGAGAGCUGCCCCAACCAGAUCAUACUGGGCACCAUCCUUCACCCGAAUGGUAACAUCACAGAACUCCUGCUGAAGGAAGGAUUUGCCCGCUGUGUAGAUUGGUCCAUGGCUGUAUACACCCAGGGAGCCGAGAAACUCCGAGCUGCUGAAAGGUCGGCUAAAGAGCGCAAGGUCCGCAUCUGGAAAGACUACGUGGCACCCACCGCCAACUUGGACCAGAAGGACAGACAGUUUGUAGCCAAGGUGAUGCAGGUGGUCAACGCUGACGCCAUGGUGGUCAAGCUCAACUCCGGAGAAUACAAGACCAUCCACCUGUCCAGCAUCAGGCCCCCCAGGAUUGAGGGCGAGGAGAAGAACAAGGACAAGGACAAACGAUUCCGUCCCCUCUACGACAUCCCCUACAUGUUCGAGGCCCGUGAGUUCCUGAGGAAGAAGCUCAUCGGUAAAAAGGUCAACGUGACGGUGGACUACAUCAGAGCAGCCACCGGCCCGGGCGAAAGCACGCCCGCCUUCUCGGAGCGCACCUGCGCCACGGUCACAAUCGGCGGCAUUAACAUAGCAGAGGCUCUGGUCAGCAAAGGCCUCGCCACCGUCAUCAGAUACAGACAGGACGACGACCAGCGCUCCUCCCACUACGACGAGCUGCUUGCCGCAGAGGCACGGGCCAUCAAGAACGGGAAGGGGCUGCACAGCAAGAAGGAGGUUCCCAUCCACAGAGUGGCUGACAUCUCUGGGGAGACACAGAAAGCCAAGCAGUUCCUGCCUUUCCUCCAGAGGGCUGGCCGGUCAGAGGCCGUGGUAGAAUACGUCUUCAGCGGCUCACGCCUCAAGCUGUACAUGCCCAAAGAAACCUGCCUCAUCACAUUCCUGCUCGCUGGUAUCGAAUGUCCACGCAGUUCCCGGAAUCUGCCUGGAGGGGUGCAGGUGGCUGAACCCUUCAGUGAUGAGGCCAUGCAGUUCACCAAAGAGCUGGUGCUGCAAAGGGAGGUGGAAGUUGAAGUGGAGAGCAUGGACAAAGCGGGGAACUUCAUUGGCUGGCUGCACAUCGAGGGUGUGAAUCUGUCUGUGGCGCUGGUGGAAAACGCUCUGUCCAAGGUGCACUUCACAGCGGAGCGCAGCGCCUACUACAAGACCCUGGUCUCGGCGGAAGAGGGAUGCCGACAGAGGAAAGAGAAGAUCUGGGCCAACUACGAGGAGAAACCAGUCGAGGAAGUUGUGCAUGUGACGGAGGAGAAGGAACGCGUGGCCAAGUACAGACCAGUAUACGUCACUGAAAUCUGCGACACCCUGCAUUUCUACGCCCAGGAUGUGGAGACAGGAGCCCAGUUGGAGAGUCUGAUGGAGACCAUGCGAGCAGAGAUCGCCGCCCAGCCACCCGUGGAAGGAUCCUACGCUCCGCGCCGAGGGGACUACUGCAUAGCCAAGUUUGCAGAUGGCGAAUGGUACAGAGCCAGAGUGGAGAAAGUAGAGUCGCCGGCAAAGGUCCACGUCUUCUACAUUGACUACGGCAACAGAGAAGUUGUGCCGUCCACCCGUCUGGCCGUCAUCCCUCCUGCCUUCAGCACCAGGACCCUGCCAGCACAGGCCACCGAGUAUGCCUUCGCCUUCAUCCAGGUCCCACAGGACGAGGACGCCCGUGCGGACGUGGUGGACUGCGUGGUGCGGGACAUCCACAACACCCAGUGCCUGUUGAAUGUGGAGUAUUCAGGCCCCUCCUGCCCACUCGUCACAAUACAGUUUGGGGACACCAAGGACGACGUAGGCCUGGGCUUGGUCAAAGAGGGCUUGGUCAUGGUGGACGUCCGCAAGGAGAAGCACCUGCAGAAGAUGGUGACAGAGUACCUGAACAGUCAAGAAUCUGCCAAGAGUGCCAGGCUCAACAUUUGGCGCUACGGAGACUUCCGCGCGGACGACGCCGACGAGUUCGGUUACAGGCGCUAGAAUCAAAACGAGAAGGAAAAACAAAAACAACGACCAUCCAUUCCAAAGACCAACAUGGACGGCAAGUGACGCACCAGACAGAAGACGAAACUAAACGACAAGCAUUGACUCACUCUUUUCCUUUUAUUUGACAUUUCAUCCCUCCAGUCUGGCUUUUAUACUGCUCAUACCUUUCCUUCCUCCAGCUAACCCAUGUAGCUCCUCAUAGAGCAUGCUUAAAAAAAAAAAUUAAUAAUAAUCGCUUUCCACUCGUCCUAUAUUUUCCUAAUUGGCCACUGCCAGCUCCUGCACUAUUGCCAAUCUGUGUUAUUAGCCAUGUUAACUUCUGGGCAGACUUCCUGUGUGAACCUUAAUAACGGUUAAUAUUGCGUAUGUGUUCCAGCCAGUCAUGUUCUUUGAUCUCUGAUGCCCAGUCUCCCGCUUUUCCUCUUUACCGGACGGGACUGGGUAUUUUCGGGGGAGAGUCCUUAACUUUCUGAAAACAAAUGCUUCCCUGAUGAAUUUCUUGUAAAUGUGCGGAGUUGUUGAAAGGUGUAAAUUGCUUUAUUUUAGAAAAAAAAAAAACUGUAGGUGGAGCCACACAGACAAAAAAAAGGAAAAAAAAGACAAGUUUAUUUUUGUCUUCGGUGUAUAUCUGUGUGAUGAUGACAUUUGCAGAUGUUUUUCUUUUGUGGGGGGUGUUUUGUCGUUUAUUCACUAUGUCACACUUUUAUGACCAGUAAAUAUGGAUGCCUUCAAGUGGCACUUGAUCAUCUCUUCUGUAAAGUUUACAUUCUAAUAAUGGUAAUGAUCCUGUCUCUGGCAGUCUCUUCUCUUUCUAUCUCUGUAAUGCCAUAGCAGAUACAGUGUUUGAAUUUGUUUCCACGUAAUGGACCUUUGCAUUCUAUUAAAAAUCUGCUCAAUAAAAAUAAGCAAACUAAAAAAAAA